GUCAGAAUAGGUUCUAGAGGCAGUAGCCCUUGUGGGUGUAAGUGUGAGUCCAGCAGACGCCAUGAGCGCUGAUGCAGGGGGUAGGAGGGAGGGGAGAGCGAGCCUGUGUGCGACACAUGUGUUUCUCAUUCCCAGCUGGAGACAGCCCAGUAGCUGGGAGUCGGCCUGAAAAAGUCGUAUUGAAGUACGGACAGAGUUCAGUUUCAAAGCAGGCAGAGAAAGAACGGGAAUGCUGUUCAGGAAAUUCUUCAGGCAUGGGCAGGGACUUGGCUGCCUCUCUGCACUUGGAAAAUCUGACUGGGGCAGCUUCUGAACGCAGGCAGGGCCUGCUCCCCCCCCUCAGCCGCCGCCCCAGUGGCCGCCUCCUUCACCGCACUCUGCACCCUCCCGGAUCCAAGGCGGGUUUUCAUCGGCUGCUUUGUGACAAGAGAGAUGCCUCAGGAACAGUACACACACCACCGAAGCACAAUGCCCAGUGCUGAGGGGCCACAGGUAUACAAAGUGGGGAUUUAUGGCUGGCGGAAGAGAUGCCUGUAUUUCUUUGUUCUGCUCCUCAUGAUUUUAAUACUGGUGAACUUGGCCAUGACCAUCUGGAUUCUCAAAGUCAUGAACUUCACAAUUGAUGGAAUGGGCAACUUGAGAAUCACAGAAAAAGGCCUAAAGCUAGAAGGAGACUCAGAAUUUUUACAACCUCUCUACGCCAAAGAAAUCCAGUCCCGACCGGGUAAUGCCCUGUACUUCAAAUCUGCCAGAAAUGUUACAGUAAACAUUCUCAAUGACCAGACUAAAGUGCUCACUCAGCUGAUAACAGGUCCAAAAGCUGUAGAAGCUUAUGGCAAAAAGUUUGAAGUAAAAACCGUUUCUGGAAAAUUGCUCUUCUCAGCAGAUGACAAUGAAGUGGUCGUUGGAGCUGAGAGAUUAAGAGUUUUAGGAGCUGAGGGGACAGUGUUCCCUAAAUCUAUAGAAACACCUAAUGUCAGGGCAGAUCCCUUCAAGGAGCUCAGGUUGGAGUCCCCAACCAGAUCGCUAGUGAUGGAGGCCCCCAAAGGAGUAGAGAUCAAUGCAGAAGCUGGCAACAUGGAAGCCACCUGCAGAACCGAGCUGAGACUGGAGUCCAAAGAUGGAGAGAUUAAGUUAGAUGCCGCGAAAAUCAAACUACCUAGACUGCCUCAUGGCUCCUACACACCUGCAGGAACGAGGCAGAAGGUCUUCGAGAUCUGCGUCUGUGCCAACGGGAGAUUAUUCCUGUCCCAGGCAGGAACCGGUUCCACUUGUCAGAUAAACACAAGUGUCUGCCUUUGAAAGACUAUCCGUCGUGGACAUUGUCGGCAGCAAAAAGGCCUUUUUUGGCUUUAGAUUCUGGCUGCCAGCUAUUUUUACUAGAACACAGAAAGCCUAUCAAAGACCUUUUGUGUAUAUGAGUAUGAGACAGUGUGUGCGUGCGUGUGUGUUUGUGAGAGUGAAUAUAAACAUAUAUAAAUAUAUAUAAAUAAAUAUAUAUAUAUAUAUCCUCUGUAU